UCUCCCCCCUCUCCUCAGCCGAAAACGACUAUAUUUAUGCCUCGCCAAUUCUGCGCAAAAGCGCAAAACGAAGUGGAGAUAUGCGCAGGCUGAGAAUCUGCCAAUCACGGGUGCAGCGACGUGCUCGAUGCUGAUUGCCUAGAAUCCCGCACCCCUAAGACGCAGGGCGAUGAGACCUACUAGUAUCGUGCAUGAUACGCCUUCGCGAGGUCAGCACUAUGGAAUUCGCACCGCGAAUUCCCGAUCGGUGCACUACUGUAUACCGGUCGUACCGCGCGGAGCGGAAACCAUCCGAAUCGGUUCUGUAGGUAUAUCGAAAACUCAAAGGCGAUCAAGAUGACUCGAGCAAAUGACUUGGACGGAGCCUCAAUGUUGCUGUCGCGCCUCGGCGCGGGGGGUUGGUCAUGUCCAUAAAAUGAAGACGCGGGACUCGGUCAGUGCAAUGUAUCUACCAGCAUCCUAAAAAGAAAUAUCGUCAAGUUUAUUUCUCGCGAUUGACAAGAACUUAGCUCGAAUUGAUAUUCUGUCAACUCAAUUGCCCAGGGAUUUAAAAUUUUCCAAAUUGCAGAAGUCCACCGCAGCAUCUUGGCAACAUCCUAUCACCCAAAUUCCAAAAUAGCAUCGUUGUGCGACCAAGGACCUUACCAUGUCCCAACCUACCAUCAAGUCGAACCAAGUCUCCGGCGAUGAGAACCGUCAAGGAGGAUCAUCCGAGAUGAUGAAGCAUUACCUCGCCAGCCACCCCAGUACAACAACGGAUAGACUUGUCCAAGGCAAUGUUAUGUCUAACGAAGAGAUGAAGGCGUUCUUGAAGCAGAAGGAGAAGCAAUUAGAUGCACUAGUAAAGCAAGCCAAAGGAGACACUCGGUAGUCAACAUAAAGAAGCGGGCAUUGGUUCGGCGUAUAUGGUGUAAUAAUUAGAGACGAGGGAAAGAUACCAAGACUAGGAAUAAACAAAACCUGAAGAAGAAACAGGAGAAAGGAAAACGAAUGCGCACGAAGAUAGGGAUGCAGUGGUUGUUAAUAUAUCCCUUUCGGGGCCCCCAGAUUUAUUUGUUAGUCUGGGUCUGAGCGGUCUAAUACACACAUAACCAUUAGAAAUCUUUCCCACACCGCCCCUUUUUUUCGUUUACGAAAAUCCAUUCAUGCA